AUGAGUUCAAUACUGAAGAGGAGACUAAUCAAUGCUGCAGCCAAAGAUGUAGGGGCUUGGACGACGACCCUGCCGUUUCAUUUCCAGAGUCAAAGAUAUGGCCGCGGCCAAUGGAAUCUUUUUUAUGAUGAGACUCUAGAAGUUAAAAGUCAAUACAGGAUAGUUGGUUCUCCGGAGUUUAACGGACCAAAUGAGCGCCAGGGGCAUAAUUUCGUUGAUUCGUCCCAUGCACGGGGUAGUCCUGGGCAACACGGUAUCUCUCAGCCACAGGAGCAGCAGUUGAUCCAAACACAUCAGAACAUCAAUAGGCAACAACUGGAUGCCGUCCAUUAUCCAGUGGCUUCGCCGACUUCUACUGAUCACCUUACCCCAAACAAUUUUGCAUUGUCGGUAAACGAUAAUCAAAUAGUCCUACAAAAGACACACGCUUUUUUCAAUGAGAGAGAGGCUACUCUAAUGCGCAACUACGUGGAAAAUAUGGCUUUGUGGGCUGAUAUCACAGACCGUGAACGACAUUUUGAGGUUGAAGUCCCUUUGCGAGCCGUUCAGAACUCUGUUCUAUGCCUCUCUAUCUUUGCUUUCUCCUCCCGGCAUAUGAACCGACAGAGAAAGAGCGAAGCAGCCGAGGCAUUACAGUACCACAACAGAUGCCUUCAGCUGCUAAUACCCAUUCUAUCAGAUAUGAGGGACAAUAUUAGUGACACUGUUCUUGCGGCGGUCGCAAUACUUCGGCAACAUGAAGAGAUGGACAGCGAGGACAAUCAAUUCCACUUGACAGGGAUAACCCACAUUCUAAAUACAGUAUCGACAUUUGGGUCAUCUGGUGGUUUGGGUGAAGCAGCAGCAUGGUUAUGCCUUCGCGAAGACAUCCACAUAUCGAUAACAUCACAAAAGCCAUUACGCGCUGAUCUUGAGAGCUUCAGAAACUCAAAUGUUUUUAUGAGGAGCGAUGAUUUUGCCUGCGCAAGCCGAAUGGUAUUCUUACUGGCCAAACUUCUCAAAUGUGCAUUUAGUUAUGAGUCGGGGACACAUCUUACUGCGCUGCAGUGCGCAAGGGGAGAGAUUGAGCAUUGGUAUGCCACUAAACCGCGCACAUUCGAGCCCAUUCAUUUUACUCCGCGCAACAAAGAAGCCCCAGAUCGAUUCCCGGGCAUUUGGAUGUUGCUACCAGUUCAUGUGGUCGGCGUUCAAUAUUAUCACAUCGCGAAAAUUAUGUUGGCCUUCUCGUGCUGCCCAAACCCAUCCCCUGCAUAUGAGGUUUUCAAAAAUUCUCGCCAUAUUGAGAAAACUGUUCGGGGCCAUCUUCUCACCGUACUCGGUCUGGCCAAGUCCAAUAAAAAAGCCGAAAACACCCUUUUCACUGCACGUCAUAGUUUAGUUGCCUGGGGCUGGGUUAUUCGCCAUAAGCUAGAUCAAGCAGCUGCAGAAGAUCUACUAAGUGAUCUGGAGAAGAGAACUGGCUGGGAUGUGGCACCCUCGAUUCAGGCGUUGCGAGGGCAAUGGUAUGAAGAAUACUCGGACGAGUAG